AGACACCACCCCUCUCCCUCCCCACUUCCCCUGUUCCAAAAGCUUUCACAUCUCUCUCUCUCUCCCUCUUCACAGUUCACACCCACACUGCGCGGCACAGUGGGCGUGUGGGCGCGAGACCAGGCGUCGCCUCCUCCUCUCCCCCGCCCCGCUCUCGCCGCCGGACGUCCUCGCCUGCCGCCGUUUGUCUUGUAGGAGGACAUAUAAACCAAUUAAGGUUGUAAACGUCGGUGGCUGUUCAAUCAUGCCGAUAUCCAGCUCAUCGGAACCUCGAGACUCUCGAGAUCCUACUUCACCUGCACCAUCCACAUCAUCUUCUAGAUCAAGGGAAGCAUGUAAUCUUGCAGAAGUUGAUGAUCCUGGAAGUGCAAUGUCCACUGUUGCUCGAUUGCUGGAGCAGCUACAUGGUAGCGUGACAUCACUACCAGAGAAGGAAGUGGCAAUUAAACGAUUACUUGAACUUGCCAAGGCGAAAAAGGAUGCAAGGAUUUUGAUAGGUAGCCAUUCUCAGGCCAUGCCAUUAUUUAUAUCUUUCCUUAGAAGCGGGACAUCUUCAGCCAAAGUAAAUGCUGCGGCCCUGCUUAGUGCACUCUGCAAGGAAGAGGACCUGCGUGUCAAGGUUCUCUUAGGAGGUUGCAUACCACCCUUGCUCUCUCUCUUGAAGUCUGAAUCUGCUGAAGCAAAGAAGGCUGCCGCUGAGGCUAUUUUUGAAGUGUCUUCAGGGGGUCUUUCGGAUGAUCACAUAGGCAUGAAAAUAUUUGUGACAGAAGGCGUUGUGCCGACUCUUUGGGAUUUGCUCAAUCCUAAGUCACGCCAAGAUAGAAUAGUUGAGGGCUUUGUGACUGGGGCUUUAAGAAAUCUCUGUGGAGAUAAAGAUGGUUAUUGGAAGGCCACACUUGAAGCGGGUGGAGUAGAAAUUAUUACUGGCCUUCUUUCAUCCAAGAAUACUGCUUCACAGUCAAAUGCUGCCUCCCUUUUGGCACGGUUGAUCUCUGCUUUCAGUGAUAGCAUUCCCAAAAUCAUAGCUGCUGGGGCUGUUAAGGCCCUUCUUCAGCUUCUGAAUCGAGAUGAUGACAUUGCUGUUCGUGAAAGUGCAGCUGAUGCUUUGGAGGCCUUAUCUUCCAAGUCUACUAUUGCAAAGAAAGCUGUGGUCGAUGCAGGUGGUCUCCCUGUUUUGAUUGGAGCUGUUGUAGCGCCCUCAAAAGAGUGCAUGCGAGGGGUUACCUGCCAUUCUCUACAAAGCCAUGCUGUUUGUGCUUUAUCAAAUAUUUGCGGUGGAACCACUUCAUUGUUGCUUUACCUGGGAGAGCUUUGCCAAUCACCCCGGUCAGCUGUGUCCCUUGCUGACAUUCUUGGAGCACUUGCAUAUACGUUGAUGGUGUAUGAUGGCACUGAUGGUAAAUUCUUUGAUCCUGUUGAGAUAGAAAACAUUUUGGUUGUGCUCUUAAAAUCCCAUGACAGUAAGCUUCUGCUUGAUCGUAUUCUUGAAGCUUUAGCAAGUCUAUAUGCAAAUGCAUGUUUCUCUGGCAGACUUGAUCACUCAAAUGCAAAGAAGGUUCUUGUUGGGCUGGUCACUAUGGCUUCCGACGAUGUUCAAGACCAUCUUGUUCAUGCCUUAACUAGCUUGUGCUGUGAUGGUUUUGGAUUGUGGGAUGCUCUUGGAAAGAGAGAAGGAGUUCAGUUGCUAAUAUCAUUGCUUGGACUUUCCAGUGAGCAGCAUCAGGAGUAUGCAGUUUCUUUGUUAGCUAUCUUGAGUGAUGAAGUAGAUGACAGUAAGUGGGCAAUAACAGCUGCUGGAGGUAUCCCUCCACUUGUCCAACUACUUGAAACAGGAUCUCAAAGGGCAAAGGAGGAUGCAGCUCAUAUCAUAUGCAACUUGUGCUGUCACAGUGACGAUAUCAGGGCAUGUGUUGAGAGUGCUGGUGCUGUUCUGGCGCUGCUUUGGCUUCUAAAGAGUGACAGUCCUCGUGGACAAGAGGCGUCAGUCAAAGCACUUAAGGUGCUUAUACGGUCUGCUGAUUCUGCCACAAUCAAUCAGCUGUUAGCACUGCUGCUCAGUGACUCAGUGAGCUCAAAGACACAUGCCAUUACAGUUCUCGGGCAUGUCCUUGUGCUGGCUCCUCAAAGAGAUCUAAUCCAGAAUGGAGCUCCUGCUAAUAAAGGGCUUAGAUCUCUUGUUCUUGUUCUUGACUCAUCAAAUGAAGAAUCUCAGGAGUGUGCUGCAACUGUGUUGGCUGAUAUUUUCAGUAUGCGUCAGGAUAUUUGCGACAUCUUAGCAACCGAUGAAAUUGUUCAGCCAUGCAUGAAGCUUUUGACAAGUGGAAAUCAAGUUAUUGCAACACAAUCUGCUCGAGCUUUAGGAGCACUCUCGCGCUCGGCUAAUACCAUGUCGAAGAACAAGAUGUCAUGUAUAGCUGAAGGUGACGUGCAACCUCUCAUAGAGAUGGCCAAGACAUCAUCCAUUGAUGCGGCUGAAGCGGCAAUUGCUGCAUUGGCAAAUCUCUUAUCAGAUUCCCAGAUUGCUAAGGAAGCGCUAGAUGAUAAUAUUGUCCAAGCUUUGACUAGAGUCCUAAAGGAGGGGAGUUUAGAUGGCAAGAUUAGUGCUUCACGGUCACUUUAUCACUUGCUCAACCAAUUCCCCCUCGGUGAAGUUUUUCCAGAUUACUCACUCUGCUGCUUUAUAAUUCAUGCACUGCUGGUGUGUUUAUCUGGUAUAAGUUUGGAAAAUGUUACUAGCUUGGAUCCCCUGGAUGUGCUUGCAUUGAUGGUGAUGACCAAGGAGGGUGCUCAUUUUAGCCCCCCUCUGCGGACUGCCUUUCUGGAAGCCCCAGAAAGUUUAGAACCUCUGGUCCGCUGUAUCAGUGUUGGGCUUCCCCCUAUUCAAGACAAGUCCAUUCAAAUUCUCGCAAGGCUAUGUCAGGACCAAUCUUCUCUGCUUAGUGAGCACAUAAACAGAAGUCAAGGCUGCAUUGAUUCUCUUGUCAGUAGAGUUAUGGAAUCGACAAACAUGGAAAUAAGAAUCUCCAGUGCAAUCACCCUCAUAUCUGCGUUGAAGGACAACAGAGAAGAUUCAAUUGAAGUUCUUGAAGCAUCAGGACAUCUGAAGAGUCUAAUAUCUGCACUCAUUGAUAUGUUGAAGCAACAUUCCACUUCAACAUCCCUAGACAUUGAAGUCUGGAAACCUUACACAGAGAAGAGUUUGUUCAAUUGUGAGCAGGAUGUUUUGGAUGUGCCUGAAUCGGGAAAGGUUCUGGAAGAAACUGUUGCACGUUUGCUCUCACUAAUUUGUUCUUCUCAUCCCAGGAGUAAAGUUGCUGUUAUGGAUCUUGGUGGUGUUGACAUUGUUUCUGAUAAACUUGCUAGCCACUCUGCUAGCCGACAGGAACACGAUGAAGAUUCAGGGAGUGUAUGGAGUUGCGCCCUUCUAUUGGCUACUUUAUUUCAGGAUUCAGUGGUAGUUCAAUCUUCAGCAAUAAUGCGAAUUAUACCUUCUUUAGCUUCAUUGCUAAGAUCUGAUGAGAUUAUGGACAAGUACUUUGCUGCUCAAUCACUGGCUAGCCUGGUUUGCACUGGAAGCAGAAGUAUACAGCUCGCUAUAGCAAAUUCUGGUGCAGUUGUGGGUGCUAUAGCCAUGAUUGGGCUGAUAGAAUCUGAUAUGCCAAACCUUGUUACAAUGGCUGAAGAAUUCAAGUUGGCAGAGAAUCCAAGUCAAAUAAUAUUGAAAAGUCUUUUUGAUCUUGAGGAUGUUCUUACUGGUGCUACUGUUCGAAGGUCCAUUCCCUUGCUAGUGGAUAUGCUUAAACCCAUGGCAGACAAACCAGGAGCACCUCUGGUUGCGUUGCACCUAUUGACUCAGCUAGCAGAAGGCAGCGAAACAAAUAAAGUUGCUAUGGCGGAGGCUGGAGCUCUAGAUGCUUUAACCAUGUAUUUAUCUUUAAGCCCACAAGACUCGACUGAAACUACCAUUAUCAAUCUCUUAGGGAUCUUAUACAAAAAUCCUGAUCUGCUUUACUAUGAAUCCUCACUUAGCACUUUGAAUCAACUUGUAGCUGUCUUACGGUUGGGCUCAAGAAAUUCUAGGCUUAGUGCAGCAAGGACAUUGCAGAACUUAUUUGAUUCAGAGAGUAUAAGAGAUACAGAAGUGGCUAAGCAAGCUAUACAACCAUUACUUGACAUGCUUGAGUCAGGAACUGAAAUAGAACAGCAAGCCACACUUGGUGCUCUGAUCAAACUUUCUGCUGGCAAUAUCUCAAAGGCUUCAGCUAUGUUUGAUGUAGAAGGCAACACACUUGAAAGCCUCUAUAAAAUUUUAUCCUUCAGUUCCUCCUUAGAGCUUAAGAAAGAUGCUGCUCAGCUCUGCUAUGUUUUAUUUGAGAAUUCUGACAUAAGGGCAUCACCGAUUGCCACAGAAUGUCUUCGCCCCCUGAUAUCAUUGAUGUCAUCAGGCUCUAGUUUGGUUGUUGAACCCGCUGUCUGUGCUCUGAGCAGACUACUGGAUGAAGAGCACAAUGCAGAGAUUGCUGCGACUAAUGAAGUUGUUGAUCUUCUUGUUAGUUUUGUUCCUGGGACAAACUACCAGUUGUCAGAGGCGUCUAUUGCUGCUCUUAUAAAGUUGGGCAAGGAUCGUCCAAACUGCAAACUUGACAUGGUUAAAGCUGGUAUCAUAGAGCAUGCGCUUGAUAUGAUUCUGGAUGUUCCUGUUUCUGUUAGCUCAUCCAUUGCUGAGUUACUUCGCAUCUUAACAAACAACAGUGGCAUUGCUAAAAGUUCUGCUGCUGCAAAAAUGGUGGAGCCACUUUUCUUGCUAUUACGUCGCCCAGACGUUACCAUGUGGGACCAGCACAGCGCAUUGCAAGCACUUGUGAAUAUUCUGGAGAAACCUCAGAGUCUAGCAGCGUUGAAGUCAACUCCUAGUCAAAUUAUUGAGCCGUUAAUAUCAUUUCUUGAAUCUCCCUCUCAAGCAAUCCAACAACUUGGUACUGAGGUGCUAUCACAUCUUCUGGAACAGGAACAUUUUCAACAAGAUAUAACUACAAAAAAUGCAGUUGUCCCUCUGGUGCAGCUUGCUGGUAUUGGUAUCUUGAGCUUACAGCAAACUGCAGUUAAAGCACUUGAAAACAUAUCUCAGAGUUGGCCCAAGGCUGUAGCAGAUGCAGGUGGAAUAUUUGAACUUUCAAAGGUAAUUGUCCAGGAUGACCCUCAGCCAAGUCAAGCAUUAUGGGAGUCCGCAGCACUUGUGUUAUGUAAUGUUUUGCGUUAUAGCUCUGAUAACUAUGUUAAAGUCUCACUGGCUGUGCUUGUAAGAUUGCUGAACUCGACUAUGGAGAGUACUGUCACAAUAGCUCUCGGUGCUCUUCUUGUGCAAGAGAAAAGCAAUUCACGGUGUGCUGUAGCCAUGGCUGAGGCUGGGGCUGUACGUGCACUGUUGGAGCUCCUUAAGAGCCAUCGUUGUGAGGAAUCUGCAGCAAGAUUGCUUGAAGCACUGAUAAACAAUUCAAGGGUCCGAGAAACAAAAGUUGCCAAACACUCCAUUGCUCCUCUCUCACAGUACCUGUUAGAUCCUCAAUCAAAGAAUCAGGCAGCAAAGUUUUUGGUGACUCUCGCACUAGGUGACAUUUUCCAGCAUGAAGCCCUUGCAAGAGCAAGUGACUCCGUAUCUGCCUGUCGUGCUCUUGUAAGCCUACUUGAGGACCAGCCCACGGAUGAUAUGACAAUGGUUGCUAUUUGUGCACUCCAGAGCUUAGUGAUGCACAGCAGGACAAACAGGCGUGCUGUUGCUGAGGCUGGAGGCAUUUUGGUUGUACAGGAGUUGCUUCUGUCUCCAAAUGUAGAUAUUGCAGGACAGGCUGCUCUACUAAUCAAGCAUCUUUUUUCAAAUCAUACACUUCAAGAAUAUGUAUCUAACGAGCUCAUCCGUUCUCUCACUGCUGCCUUAGAAAGAGAGCUGCUCUCUACAUCAUCUAUCAAUGAAGUUAUUUUGAGGACCAUAUAUGUGAUAUUCAGCAACUUCAGAAAGGUCCGAUUUUCUGAGGCAGCAACAUUGUGCAUACCCCAUCUGGUUUGUGCCCUGAAGGAUGGAAGCGAGGCUGCCCAAGAGAGUGUGUUAGACACCCUUUGCUUGCUCAAAGAAUCUUGGCCCCAGAUGAAUGAAGACAUUGCUAAGGCCCAGUCUCUUAUUUCAGCUGAGGCCAUACCUGUACUACAGAUGCUUAUGAAGACCUGUCCUCCCAGUUUUCAUGACAGAGCUGAUAGCUUACUGCAUUGCCUGCCUGGUUGCUUGACCGUGACCAUCUUACGUGGGAAUAACUUAAAACAGACAAUGGGGAGUACAAAUGCAUUUUGUUGCCUGCAAAUAGGAAAUGGUCCUCCAAGGCAAACCAAGCUGGUUAACCAGAGCAUCUGCCCGGUAUGGAACGAGGGAUUCACUUGGUUAUUCGACAUCCCCCCCAAAGGGCAGAAGCUGUACAUCUUGUGCAAAAGCAAAAAUACAUUUGGAAAGUCAACCCUCGGAAGAGUAACCAUCCAGAUUGACAAAGUGGUCACCGAGGGAGUUUACAGUGGGUUCUUCAGCCUCAGCCAUGACGGCGGUAAGGAUGGCUCAAGAACACUAGAGAUAGAGAUUGUCUGGUCAAAUAGACCGGCCAAUGACAAUAUGUAGCAUGGCUAAUUUCACAUGGUGCCAAUAUUAUUGUCGGGACGCUUAGAUGUAAAUCAGCCCCAGAAACAUCCACAUUCAUUGCAGUGUAGAAAAUGACAUGGUUUACAGACAUCUGCCUCAAGAUUAUUUCGAGGUCGUUCUUGGUUUAGCCCCUGUAGCUGCAUACGGAUUUUGGACCGGCUAUUUUGUUUGUACAGGUUUAUUUCCUGUAUUUUGGACCGGCUAUUUUGUUUGUACAGGUUUAUUUCCUGUAAUUAUAAUUUAGAGUAGCCUGGUGUGAGUUUGAAGAAACA